GCCAUUUUCAAGAUGUCCUCCCCCGAGAAGAGACGGAUUAGCCUAAUGAAAGUGGAUAAAGACAUUAGGCCUAUAAUCCUAUUUAUGUGCUGAAUAAAUGCAUGACAUUUGAUGAUACGUGUGGAUACGUUACAGAAACUGUGACCAUGGUGAUGUACUACCCUGCAUGACAAUGGACCCAGCAGCAGCGUGUGGAUGUCCAUCAGUGGAUGUCGCCUGUGUGGUCAGAAGGAGGAGGAAACAAGUGGACUUUUCCCAGCUCGGGAAGGAUGUAGGUGCUGGGAACUUGAGCUGGUUUGAGGACCUCACACAUCAGGCACGGCAGAAACAGCAACAGCAGCACCUUCCUGAUGCUGCCACGCCGAGAACAGAUGACCUUCACCUUGCUGGCUUUGACUCCCCAUGCUUCCUGCCUCAGCCAGUAGAGCUGAUGCAAGCUACUACUCCAGGAAUAGGCAGCCUGACACCCCUCAGUGCAUGGGCUCUUCUAAGUUCCCAGGAUCCAAGCACAAGUACACCAACAUCAGUGGAUCAUCCCAUUAUAGGGAACAGGUUAGACAGCUCCUGUCUGGCAUCACCCACAGCUGUUGAGUCCUGCCUGAAGACUUGUCGUGGCAUCAGUGAACGUCUCGGCCUCACUGCCGCCAAUGACGACUGCAACAUGUCCUGGACAAACUCCAUGGCGACACCAUGUCACGGAGGCGAGCUCCAUACAUCACAGGAGGCUGAAGAAGUUCCCACCCCACCGAAACCAAAAGGGUUUCCUCGAGCACUGUUUUCACCCGAUCAGGGCAGAACAGACUCGGAUGAGUUGGUGAAGGAGCUCAAUGCUACAAUGGAUGAAGAAGUCCUGUCUGGUGUCUCUCCCGGACCUCGAUCUUCCUGGAUGGCACAAACUGACCGAGGCAAGAACUUGAUGAGGGAGUUGUUCCUCCGGUCCACUGCACAGACCCAGGAGCUGCUCCAGGAUGGAUCUCCCAGAUCCAGAGACCCUCCUCCACAGACUGGCAAGUCAUCUGCUACACCGAGAUCUAGUUGUAAGAAGCACCAGAGAAGGAACUUCAGAAAUGUUUCUGUGAAAAGUAAUGUGGCUUCACCACUAGCUAAAGCUGAUAAAUCUCCAGUUACCAGUGCGUCUGGACUUAAAACUGUGAUUGACAUUGAAAAUAAAGAUGUUCAGUUGAAAAUAAACAUUUUGCAAAUGGCAGCCAGUUUUGAAGGUGAUAUAUCUACCCUCCCCAAUGAUGAUGUGAUGAAUAAACAAGUGGUUAGUGAUACAGAGGCCGAUGUUGUAAAUCAUCUGAUUAACAGAAACCAAACAUAUCAAGGCAAAGGAUAUGAGGUCUGUUACUCAGACUCUGCGGAACAAAGCACCAGCUCAAGGUUAAACAGACGAGUGAGGAGCACACGUUCUCAAGACUGCUUGAAACAGAACAAGCACCUGUCCUCUGAUCAAGGUAGCAGUUGUGUAACGCUGUCGGUUGUGAAUGAAACAUUGUCCAUGUUCGUAGACAGUCCCUCCGGUGCUGAGGUCCGUCGUCGCAGCGCUCCUCUAAAGGGGAAGAAGAGGAAGUCCACAGAAGCCUGUCUGCUUGAGGGUGAUGUAGAUGCCCUGUUCUCCACUCCUUCUCCACAUGGAAGUCAAGCUACCAAACCUCACUCAAUACUCUCCUCAUCCAAGAAGAGGAAACAUGGAUCAGGUGGGAAGAAAGUGAGGUUUGCUGAGAACUUGUGUCGGAGUGAAGAGGAAGGAGCUGGAGCCAGCAAGAAGCUGAACUAUGCCCAGGGGACAGAUUCCAGCAGGGUGUCUUCCUCCGUUUCUGAAACAGUCCUUGAGCUUACAAGCCAGGACAGCUUAAGGUUGAACGAUCCUGACUUAACAGGGACUGUUAAGCCUGAUGAGAUAACUAGUACAGAUUUUCAGCCAGAGGAUAAUAAUGGUAGACUGAAGCAGAAAGGUACUGAGCCUGUUCUAAACGAGCCUGUCAGCCUGCAUGCAGACGGAGAUAGUGCAAGACUGAAGGAGCACGCUACUGAGCCGGUUCAAAACGAGCCUGUCAGUCUACGUGGAGAUGGAGAUAGUGCAAGACUGAAGGAGCACGCUACUGAGCCGGUUCAAAACGAGCCUGUAAGUCUACGUGGAGAUGGAGAUGGUGCAAGUCUGAAGGAGCACGCUACUGAGCCGGUUAAAGACAAGCGUGUCAGCCUACUUGCAGAUGUUGGUACAGAGCCAGCAGAUGGGGAACAGCCACUGUUUGAGUCACAGUCAGAUGAAGAGGCCCAGUCAGGGAUAUGCCAAUCAAAUGUCAGCAAUGAUAUUCAACAAGACAUCCCUUGUAAAAGAACACUUGACAAUAUUCAUAGACCAUGUAAGGAGCAUUCUGAGCUCAGAAGUGAGAAUUGUGAUUUUGUGUCAAGUCCCAGUGUUACCGAGAUACUGCCAACAGAGACUGAGCAAUCCCUAGUACAGGGUGCAGCUGAAUCACAGACAGAAAGUACAAACAGGUUGUCUGUACCAAACACCAAUGUAUCCGUGUGUCAAGGUUACGAGUCCACUCCAGUCCGUCCAAUACCAGUAGUCCAUGAUGAAAUGUUUUCCCAGAUUUCUCCGUCCAGUUUGACUGAGAUGUGUCUUGUGGCCAGUUCUGAUCAGUCUAAACUCAACACACUUGUUCAUGCUCAAGAACCACCCUGCUCCUCACACAGGGUUGAAGCUCAAGAAACAAUCAGUGACAUAACAGACCCUGCUGCUCUUCACCCACAUUCCAUGGAACAUGUUGAUAAGCUUGUUACAAGAACUAGUUCAGCUCAGACAAGAGUCACUACCUCCACUGAUGCCAAUUCUGUUAAAUGCCCUGAGAUGGAGACUGCACCAUUGGUGCCAUCUGUGAGCGACAGGAGUACAUUGUCUCAUCAACAGUGCAUAGACAAGCAAACCUCAUCAACGGAUCUCAUAUCAAACAAAGAAGCUCUGAAAUCAGACAACCUUUUUUCUAAUUCAGAUAGAUCAGGACACGAAGAUGCUACUAAGCCACAUGUCCAGAACCUUUUCGCCAAGAAACCUAAGGCUAAGCGGUUCUUAUACCCUACCUCUUCCCAGAUAAAGGCUGUGUGCCCCAAGACUGUGUUCAGCUUCAAAGGUUUGGAUGUUGAUGCCAAAGCCUCUGCAGCAGUCGGAGAAUCAGAACCUGUUGCCAGUGAUGUUGCUGUUUCUGUUGCCAGUGAUGUUGCUGCUGCUGUUGCCAGUGAUGUUGCUGUUUCUGUUGCCAGUGAUGUUGCUGCUUCUGUUGCCAGUGAUGUUGCUGUUUCUGUUACCAGUGAUGUUGCUAGUGAUGUUGCUGUUUCUGUUACCAGUGAUGUUGCUGUUUCUGUUACCAGUGAUGUUGCUGUUUCUGUUGCCAGUGAUGUUGCUGCUUCUGUUGCAAGUGCUGCUGAUGCUGAUUCUGUUUCUGUUGCUAGUGUUGAUAAUAAAACAAUUGUUGAUGAUGUUGGACAAAGCAUGGAUGGUGCACCAAUUGGUGGAGCUGGGGUUGUUGCUAGUGUUGGUGUAUUGAGUGGAGGUGUAGAUGCUUGCACGGAUGGUUCUGCUGACGAUGUGAAGGAAAGUUGUACAGUGGCUGAUGAUGUGCAGACGGGGAAGGACAUGGGGGUUGGCAGGAAAUCUGUGUCAGAUCCUCCAGCAGUGACAGACGAGAUAGGGAUCGUGUUCAAACAGCAGAACCUCAGCAUGGGUUUCACCAAGUUCUCGGAGAUGUUUGAUGAGAGCCUGAAUGACUGGGAAGACUGGGACUCCCAGACUGGUGCACCUUAUGAAGGUGGUGGACAUACAACCUCCCAGACUGCUGUUCCUUCUGAUGAUGGUGGACAUAUGACCUCCCAGACUGUUGAACCUGCUGAUGGUGGUGGACAUACGACCUCCCAGACUGCUGUACCUUCUGAUGGUGGUGGACAUAUGACCUCCCCGACCGUUGAACCUGCUGAUGGUGGUGGACAUACGACCUCCCAGACUGCUGUACCUUCUGAUGGUGGUGGACAUAUGACCUCCAAGACUGCUGUACCUUCUGAUGGUGGUGGACAUAUGACCUCCCAGACUGCUGUACCUUCUGAUGGUGGUGGACAUAGGACCUCCCAGACUGCUGUACCUUCUGAUGGUGGUGGACAUAGGACCUCGCAGACUGCUGUACCUUCUGAUGGUGGUGGACAUAUGACCUCCAAGACUGUUGAACCUGCUGAUGGUGGUGGACAUACGACCUCCCAGACUGCUGUACCUUCUGAUGGUGGUGGACAUAUGACCUCCCAGACUGUUGAACCUGCUGAUGGUGGUGGACAUAGGACCUCCCAGACUGCUGUACCUUCUGAUGGUGAUGGACAUGUGACCUCCCAGACUGCUGUACCUUCUGAUGGUGGUGGACAUAUGACCUCGCAGACUGCUGUACAUUCUGAUGGUGGUGGACCUACGACCUCCCAGACUGCUGUACCUUCUGAUGGUGGUGGACAAACGACCUCGCAGACUGCUGUACCUUCUGAUGUUGGUGGGCCUACGACAUCACAGACUGUUGUAAUAGCUGAUGGUGGUGGACAAACGACCUCGCAAACUGUUGUAAUGGCUGAUGGUGGUGGACAAACGACCUCGCAAACUGUUGUAAUGGCUGAUGGUGGUGGACCUAUGACCUCACAGACUGUUGUAAUGGCUGAUGAUGGCGGACAUACAACCUCACAAACUGGUGUAAUGGCUGGUGGUGGCGGACAUACAACCUCACAAACUGUUGUACCUGUUGUUGGUGGCGGACAUAUCUCACCCUCUACUUGCACUGAUGGUACUGCUGGACAUGCAAAAGGAGCGAAGGUGGGAAUUGUUCUGCCAAAGUCACUAUCAAGUAGUUUGAAACCAGGCAAUGAUAAAUUGUACAACAAUUUUCCUAGUGUGCAUGGUAAAGAUGUGAAGCCACAUCAGGAUGUGAAUCCAACAAGUGUGAAGGUAUCUGGUACAGUGGACAAUGUUUUCACUCAGAAUGAGGUGUACAGCAGUGUGGAGUAUGCAUCAGUUGUACAGGAACCUUAUGUGAAGGAUGAUGCUCAAGAGCAGGUCAAGGCCUGCAGAGAUCUCCCGAGCGGGUCCCAGUGGCUGCCCACCUCCCAGUACGUCCACAACAUGGUGAAGGAUGUCCAGGAAGAGCUGUUCAGUGACAUAGAGUUCUCCCAGGUAGACGGGAUAACAUCAGAGACCAAAGAAGAUGUCGGAGCUGAACCUGACAACAAGGAUGAAGGACAAGAUGAAGAUCUUUGUUCUGCCACAAGUAAAAAGAAGUUGGCUUCAGAGAACAUGUUGGCAGCUUCUGUUCACAACUCAAGAGGACAAUGUGUGGAAUCUGAAUCAUCAGUCAGUGUAAGUAAGAUGACUGGUGCUGACUGGGUUCCUUCUGCUCCAGAGUGUCCCGGCAAGGAGGUGUUCAAGAAGCCUGAUGUUCCAGGGAAGGCAAGCAAUCAGAGGCCUCUGGUGCUGAGUGACUCAGACACGGAUGCAAUGCUGAGUGAUAUGGAGCUUUUUGAAACAUGUGCCGAAGACACAGGGAAGCCUCUUGGCAGGUCAGCGCAAGAAAACCCUUAUGUGUUCUCCAGUGAUGUCAGUGGCUUUGAAUCAAACAAGAGUGAAGACGAUGUUAAGAAUGAGCAAAAGUGUAAUGUUCAUCUACCAAAUUGUGUAGCUGACUCAUCCUUGAGUGACUCCGACACUGAUUUGUAUGUGACAUCCACAGAAGAAAUAAAGGAAUUGUCUCCAGAAGUUAAGCAUCAAAGUCCUAGAAAAAGCAAAAUGUCCACAAGGUCAAGGACAUCCAGAAAAGACUCUAUUCUGCUUAGCAAAUCAUUGAUGAUUUGUGAUUCUGAUUCUGAUGUCAAUUGUGAGAGAAAUGUUUCCCAAAACAGGAAAGGGCAUUACUCAGAGACUUUUCUCAAGAAAAAACCAACAUUAGUCAAUGAAUCUGACCCCGAUAUAUUGUGGAGUGACUUGGAAACUUAUGGUAAGUCUAUAACGAAAGAUGAUCACAAAGAUGGGACUGAUUGUGACAAAGAUAUCAAGAAUGAAAAGUUCGUGCCAAAUGAAAAUGAAUGUCGAUUAGAGAGUAAUCAAACGGAAACAUACAAAAUGGGAAAUACAUCAUUAGCUUUGGAAGAAUCAAAGUCGACUGUCUCAGUGGCUAUGGAAGACCAGGACAAACAGCAACCUGGCAGGUCAAACAGAGCAGGAAGUAUUUCAGGAUCAGAGUCAGUGUGGAGCGAUCUGGAACAGGGUGAAGCAGAGAUUCUUGAGGAGGAAACUGUUGGUUUGUCUCUUGUGACCGAAAGUGGUGUGUCUGUUAAAGCCUCAUCAACUUGUCAUCAGUUUGUAGCUGUAGAUGACGAGAUACAGAUCAAAGCAGUCCUCAAGGAUGAAAGACCAGAGACAGAAGAAGCCACUCUCAGAAGUGAAUCUCAAGGUUCUGUGAUCGCUGUUAGUCAGAGCAAUGUAGCUGGAACAAGUAAUUCAGCUCUGCUGAAUAUUGAUUCCGCACAAUUAAUGUUGCCAUCAUUCUCUAUUGCAAGAAAGGAGGUCUUUAACACGCAGGAAGGUGCAAGGCAACUGAUUGAUAACCCUGGCUCUCCUCAUAUACAUUUGGGACAUGUUGGUGAUGUUCGGUUUCCUGAAACAAUGAAGAAGUUAUCAGAUAUGUCAAGCGCAGCAUUCUCUGACUUCGCCACUGCUAGUGGUCAACAGUUCAACCAGGAUCAGAAGCCUCUCCAGAAAGUCUCUGCCUUGCUUGAGUCUGAUGCUGGUAUGUCUGAAGAAACAGCUAGGUCUUUCCACACAUGUCCUGAAACAGAUAUGUCUAAAACUGCGGCCUCUGGCUUUUCUACAGCCAGUGGUAAGAGGUUUAGCUUUGAUCCAAAGUCUCUUCAGAAAGCCUCUGCCUUGCUUGAGUCUGAUGCUGGUGUGUCUGAAGAAACAGAUAGGUCUUUCCACACAUGUCCUGAAACAGAUAUGUCUAAAACUGCCGGCUCUGGCUUUUCUACAGCAAGUGGUAAGAGGUUUAGCUUUGAUCCAAAGUCUCUUCAGAAAGCCACUACAUUGCUUGAAACAGGUGACAAUGCUUCUGAAGUCAGGCAAAGUGCAAAAACCAUCCAUGACCUUUCAGAAAAUGUCAGUGCAACAUGCCUGGGUCAUGCUGGAUUUUCUACAGCAAGUGGCAGGAAGUUCAGCUUUGAUCCAAAAUCUCUUCAGAAAGCCACAGCAUUGCUUGAAACUGAUGUUAGUAUAUCUGAAGGAACACACAAUUCAAAACCUUUCCAUACGUCUCCUGAAAAUGUCAAUUCCCCAGAUAUUUCUCAAAGUGCAAUGACAGGUUUUUCCACAGCAAAUGGCAGGAAGUUCAGCUUUGAUCCAAAGUCACUUCAGAAAGCCACUGCAUUGCUUGAAACUAAUGUUAUAGCUGGGGGAACACACAAUUCAAAACCUCAUAAGUCUCUUGAAAAUGUCAAUUCCCCAGAUAUUUCCCGAAGUGCAAUGACAGGUUUUUCAACAGCAAAUGGCAGGAAGUUCAGCUUUGAUCCAAAAUCUCUUCAGAAAGCCUCUGCAUUGCUUGAAACAGAUGUUAGUAUAUCUGAAGUUGUGGACACUGAUCAAGGGAAGGUGAUUCCAGGACAGGGCACAAGGAAGAGCUGCUCUCGUUCCAGGCGACAUAAGACAUGCAUUGACAUAGCGGAGGUGACUGCUAGCUGUGCUGCAGACUCAACUGGCAAUCUUCCAUCUUUUUCUACAGCUAGUGGUAAAGAACUUUCUCUGAAUAAAGAUGCUCUUCAGGAAGCUCAGACCUUGAUGAAAUUAGAAGAAGGUUUAGGAACUGGUGUCAACGCAUCAGUGAACCCAAAGUACAACAGAAUUCCAGUUCAGAAUAGUCUCAAGACUGCUAAAGACGUUCCUCAUGGUGGUUGUGAACUAGAAUCAAUGCUUGAUGACUUGCUCAAAUCAAAGAAAAGUAUGUUUGAAAAACAGUCCAAAGAGGGUGAGUCAAAUAAAGAUCUUAGUCUUGUUUCACACACAUUACAGAUAAAGAAAAUUGAGGAUGUGCUUCAAACUUCAGCUGACAUCACGGGACAACCCACAGGAUUUAGGUCACCUUCAGGAGGUUUUUCUACUGCUGGAAAGAAAGGUCUUCAGAUUGUUGGCAGUAAAAGCAUGAAAAAGGGAGACCCAAUGUUGAAACCUAAAGGUUUCAGGCCAUUCAAAAAGCCCAGGAUUGUUCCAAAGCCUAAGACGGUAGACUCCCCCACGAAACAUAUGGAGGUGGAUUCUUCACUGACAUCUUCUGGUUUUGCUGCAGAAGGAGGUGGAGAACCUGGUGGUCGAUGGCAGACCACUCCUGAGGACUUGGCAACUAAACAGGAUACUGACUCCGAGCUAUCUGAGAUUAUGCUGCUUGAGUUCUCACACGACAUGACAGAGUUGUCUCAGUGUGGUUAUAAACCUGGUGCUCCACAAGAUCUGGUUCAAACAGGUGAUCAAGGACACUCUCAAGCAGGGGCCACAGUACAAGCAGGUGCUGUCACUAGUAAUGCAGAUUGUGAUCAAGAUGAUGACACUGAAAGGGACCGUGGAGCUGAUACUGAAAACUUUCUGUCCUGUGAAACACCUUCUAGUAGAGAAAGUCACCAAACUGACACAACCUUUAAAAGGUUUCAUAGUUACGGGAAGGAUAAGAUAUGUGAACAAAUUUCUGAGAAAAAGAAUGUCAAGUCACAUCCAUUCAACACAGCAUCGGAGAAAAGAGGAAUUAUAUCUGAGGAAGCAUUGAAGUCGGCCAGAUCUCUAAUGCCUGAAGGUGAAGGUCAUACUGCAGAGAGCCAGGCACUGCUGGAGGAGGAACUAUUUCGAGGAGAUAUGAGCAGCCAGCUUGAUGUUAGGGCAGUGUCAGCUGGGAUGGAAAAAACGUGUGAUGGAAGUCACCCGACCAGUGCUCCUGUGUUUAGCCUAGGGAAAGGAGCAUUUUAUCCUGAGCGAGAUUCUGGUUCAGGUGGUGGGUUAGUUGAAGUGAGGGUUGCUGAGUUUGGAGGGACUGGCUUCCAGACAGCUUCAGGGAGGCAGGUGUGUCUUUCAGAAGAGGCACUUAGACAUGCAAAAGUGCUGUGGAAUGAUCUUCCAAGUUCCGAUUUAAAAGCAGAUGCUGCUUUAGAAGAAAGUGCUGAAAAGCAGAAUAUGAAGAUGUUGAAUGUUUGUGAUGAGCAAUUAGAUCAUGUAGUGCCGAAUAUUUGUAACAGUGAUAGAGAAGGUGCAGGGAAGGACACUGUGGAUGAUCAGAGAACUGAUGAAACAUCUACCUCUAUGGAUCAAGAGGCACCAAGGUGUUCACGUGGAAACAGGAAUUUGGUUUCAAAUCUAAUCUGUAAUGAUGAUCACAUGAAGAUGUCAUCAAAUCCUUUCCAGACAGCCUCUGGGAAGGGAGUCAGUGUUUCUGCAGCUGCUCUGAAUCAAGCCAGGCAAGUGAUGAGUGAGUGUAGGGACAUGGUUCAUGUGUCAGACGAUCCAGGCGUAAGGAAUGUUACGUCUUCAUUAGAUGCCAUACAUGUGGUUAACACAAGGGAAACAGACCGUAUGUCAUUGUCCAGCCUGUUCCAAACAGCAUCAGGGAAGGGGGUUACGGUGUCCGAUAGUUCCCUUUCAGCAGCCAGGAAGACGAUGACUGAUGACUGUGUUAGUAGACCUUCCACCUCGCAUGACCUGUUUCAAACUGCAUCUGGAAAAGGUGUCACUGUGAACAAGCAGUCCCUGGCUGAGGCAAGGAAGCUGAUGAAGGAUGCGGAUGAAACCCAAUUACCAACAACACCUUCUUCAAGUUUGUUUCAAACAGCAUCUGGAAAUGCAGUGACAGUAUCUGACAGUGCUUUAGUCAAAUCAAGGGAAAUUUUCGCAGAUGAACAGUCCAAACAUGCCAGUCUGUUCAAGACAGCAUCGGGCACCUCAGUUGGUGUUUCAGCAAAUGCUUUGGUAGAAGCCCAGAAUUUGCUACAAGACAAUUGUGAUUCAUCAAUGAUGUCCUCUAAGUGUCUCUUCCAAACAGCUUCGGGAACCUCAGUUGGAGUUUCAUCAAAUGCUUUGGUAGAAGCACAGAAACUGCUACAAGACAAUUGUGAUUCAUCAAUGAUGUCCUCUAAAUCUCUCUUCCAAACAGCUUCUGGGGUUUGUGUAGGAGUUUCCACUGAAGCAUUAGCCAAAGGAAGGAGAAUAUUGGAAGAGGGAAAUGAACCACCCACAGCAAUGGACCCCUCUGGGAGUGUGCUCCAGACUGAUUCUGGCAGAGUUGUGUGUUUGUCCGAGUCUUCGUCCAGGAAGCUGCUUGAUGAUACAGGUGAGGAAGGUGUGGUCCCUGAAUGUGGAAGCUGUUCUGUGAACGUUCAUCAGACCAGAUCUGACGAGGAACUUCACACGCUAGAUGGACAGAGAAAAUAUGGUCACAGAGGCGGAUCUAAAACUCCAAUGAUGUCAUCACCUGAAUCCACCCACCUCGACCGGCUGGUGAAAGGAGGUCGUAGGCUGCAGCCACUCACGUCCACCUCCCUCAGGACAACACCCAGGUCUGGUGACUAUGAUCUUGAUGCUAUUCUGAACAAGUCAUCCGAGAAGCUGACACCAAGCACUACCUCCAGCUUCAAGACUCCCUACAAGAACACUGCAUUCAUCACUCCUGUCCGCAAGGCCAGUGUUCAGGACAAACACACACCAGGGGAAUCAAACAAAACACCUGUAUUCUACCCCAAAGCAUCACUGAGAGCCAAUCAAAAACAGGCUAGGAACUGUCCAACCAAUCACAGCGGAGAAAGACCUGUCUUAGACAGACAUAGUUCUUGCAAAAACAGUCCAACCAGUACAAGAUCUGGUUCAGGCAACAACACCACUGAUGAAACUAGGCCGUCUGUUACAAGUUCAAGGUCAACUUCAGGAUCGGUUAUUUCCCAUAGAGCAAGUCCCAUGACAAUGCAGAACAGCAGUGGGAAAGCAAUGAGCACUGAUAGUAGAAGACAGACCCGUGAGUCUGUUGUCAGCGAACCCCUUGGGCAGAACACAGAAUGUGUACAGGCAGUUGGAGUUGGUCACAUGUCUCAGCCUGGCAAUGCCAAGUUAAGUUCGGUUCAGGCAAGUGACGCAGCUGCUGCUUCUAUAGACCUGAAGCACCACCUGCAGGAAGUGCGGCAGAAACAAGGGGAGAUAAUUCAGAGGAAGAAGAAGCAGAAGGUUCGCCCGAGUUGUGGCCGUCUGUUGAGGGAGAAGCAGUCUCCGGGGUUGAAACUCCAGCACAGAGACCUGGUGGUCGAGGGAUCCUUUAGUGAUCAGGAGCUCUGUUCCAUGGGAGUAAGACGGGAGAUUUCUGACAUCGGCAGCAACACCGCUGAGGACUUCCGCUUCAACCUGCUCCUCUACUACCCCAACAUGACGAGUGGCGUUCUGGUUGGAGACGGAGCACUCUUGGUUCCUGACGACUCAGGGUUUGCUGGCAAGGAGGAAUUUCACAGGUCCUUCGUCAGCCUUGAGAGUGUUGAUCCAGCUUUGAUCUCCGAUGUCUGGGUGUUUAACCACUACCGGUGGAUUGUGUGGAAACUGGCCUCCUAUGAGACGUCGUAUCCGGCACAGCUUGCUGGAAGGUGUCUGACCCCAAACAAUAUGAUGCUGCAGCUCAAGUACCGCUAUGACCGGGAAGUGGAUCGUUGUCAAAGGUCAGCCCUGAAGAAAAUUGUUGAGCGAGACGAUGCUGCCUGCAAGAGGAUGGUCCUGUGCGUGUCGGGGAUCAGGGUCACCCAGUCAGGACCAGACACUGUGGGGGCUGGACAGUGUGUGGUAGAGCUGACUGAUGGGUGGUACUGCAUCAAGGGUCAGCUGGACGUGGGCCUGGCGGGGCUGGUGGCCAGCAAGAAAAUCUCCGUAGGUCAGAAGAUCUGUGUCAGUGGGGCGGAGCUGGCAGGGUCCCAGGAGGCGUGUCCCCCACUGGAGAUACCAGAUUCCCUGUUUCUGAAGAUAUGCAUGAACUCUACUCGACCUGCACCAGGAGACAGCAAGCUUGGCUAUCAACGUGACCCCCGACCUCUCUGUGUACCAAUCAGCACCCUGCAUGCAGAGGGGGGCGUGGCUGGAUGUGUGGAUGUUGUGGUCACUAGGAUAUAUCCCGUCAUGUACAUGGAGAAGCUGGUUGAGGGGGGGAGCGUGUUCCGGACAGAAGAGGUAGAGGAGCGGGUGCAGCGACGGUUUGACAGACACAAGCAGGACAAGAUGGAGAAGCUAUACACAGAACUGCAGGCUAGCCUUGAGCAGGACCAGUCGAGAGGUCGACGUAAAUCUCGGAAGCGCUGGUCACAGCGUGAGGUGGAGGAUCUCCAGACUGGCCAGGAGAUUUACGAUGCUGUUGAGGGGUCACUGCAACCAGAGGAGGUCCAUAGCUGGCUGAGUGAGCACCAGGCCCAGAUGAUGGACAACCACCGGCGCCACCUCCAGGACCUUCAACACCAGCAGCUGCAGGACAAGCUCCACACAGCCUGGGAGGAAGCUCAACAGGGUCACACUUCGAGGAAUGUGACUCCAGUGUUGAAGCUGAGGGUGUCUGGCUGUGCUAAACGAGAUGUCGAUGCCAAGAUAUCUACGAUCGUGACUGUGUGGAGACCAAACUCUGAGUGGCUCCACCUUUUAGAGGGGAAGAGAUACAAGAUCUACGGUCUCGUCGCUUCCCCAGCCAAGACCCGUCUGGACAGUCACAGCGUACACCUGACAGCCAACAGACAGACCAAGCUGCAGCCCUGCCCUGUUGAUGAGAACUACCUUGACCUUGUAUAUGACCCAAGGGAGGUGUGGAGUGUGAGAGACCUCCGUUCAAGAUCUCCACCAUUUAAGGAGUUUGACUUUGUGGGAAUGGUAAUCACCUCACAGAGCAACAGCCAGCAGAGCUGUGAUACGGUCUACGUCUCGGAUGCUGAUGGGGACAUCCUGAGUAUUCGCUUCUGGGCAGGACUACAGAGUUUCGGCCUGGAGGACCAGAUGGUAGCAGGGAAGAGUAUCGUCGCCACCAACCUCAUCCUCAAGUGGUCUCGUGGUGCUGGCUUCAUCUCUGCCGACGCCUGCAAUGAAGUGACCCGCUUCUCUUCAACAUCCAAGAUUCCGGACCACAGGAAGUGUCUGGCCAGGUUCACCAGCUUCAAACAGGCAGAGAAGGGCAAGUUUCUAGCAGCUGCUAAAGCACGACUCAGCGAGCAGGAGACCAGGCCACAGGCUCCACACACACAACUAGCAACUCCCCAGAUGUAUUUCUCCGACCUUCCCUCCGAGUGCCUCCAGAAACUCUUCUCACCGAUGGAAGACCAGGGAGAAAAACUAUCCAAGGGGGACAACUCUGUAACACCAGACCCUGUUGCGAAGAAAAGGCGGUCAAUUCUCCGAGAGAAGUCGGCCAAACUGAUGGCUUACGGUUCUCCGAAUCCACUCUCACCCCUCAGCUGUCCGGUAUCACCUGCCGUGGCCAGGGCAUUCAAACUCCCGUCCGGACUUGCCAAAAAUAUGAAGGACUCCUUCAAGUGAUGUGUAUUCUGUGUGCUAUUCCAUUCAGUUAUCUUAGCACGAAGACAAUCGUAACACAAAUAUUUUAAGACUGACUUAUGAUUGUCUUAGGGCUAAGAUCAAUUGUGGAACAGGGCCCACUUGCACAGAGCGAUCUUAGCGCUAAGAUGAUCGUAACUCUUAAACUUUUUAACAUAGGCUUACGAUAGUCUUACCGCUAAGAUCGAUUUGUGCAAGUGGGCCCUGGUCCCUGAGAAACCAAAGAAUUCUUUAUCUACAUUUACUCCUCAGACUAGUUGUUCACCAAAGAUUGUUCCAAGAUGUGUUCAGACCUGAAGAUGGUCAUUGACAGGCAAGUAAUCGAGUGUGUUUUGUUGUUGUUAAUGUGAAUGAAGUACUGUAUCAUGAAGUAGAUGUACAGAAGUCUUGAUUACUGACUGAGGUGUGUAUCAUGCGUUGGAGAGUUUGUCUGUAAUUCUGGUCAGCACAGUCCUUUUUUAUAAAAGAAUGAAACUCCUGGCAUUGAUCAGUUAGCAGAGAGGUUUCUGGGUAGAGGGUACCAUAAAGACACAUAAUAAUUAUACUCUCCACAAAACUACUUCCAACUUCAUUAGUAGAUGAUUACAAGUCAGAGUUGAAUAUAGAAUAAUGUGGGAAAAAAUAAUUAACAUCGCAAGGUUAUUUUCUAAUCUUGUAAUAAUUAAUAAUGGCAGUAUACCUGAAGGAUGAAACACACAUGUCUGUAGGAGUAGUAUGUGUUGCUUGAGGACUGAGAAACAUCCUGUGCGGCAAGCACCUGUUGAUUCUUGACAUUCUGAAUAUUUCUUUCAAUUGUUCCAUGUUACAGAAAUGACAAACUUUAAUACUGUUGGAAAUAAAUAUUUUAUUUGUUGCA